AUGAAAGUUUUUUGCCUCCAUGCACAUCUCGCUGCUGGUGUGGUGUGUGCUAUCUCUGACCGCACCUAUGGUGGCAUUGAUCUAGACGCCACUGCUUCUGGCGCUAGGGCUAUCGAGCAAACGACGGUCAAGAGACAGCUAAGGGCCGGUGCCGAUGUCGAGACCGAAGAACGAGGGGGUUCGCCAGCUGAGAUGGCCAAGACUGCUCUCAUCGUGCCCGAUAAGUGGCACCUACUCGAAUCAGCCAACGAUAACUCGGCCACUCGCUCUGCAUUAGAAAGUCUUGACGAAAACGAUCAUGACUUACUUAGCAAAUAUGUGAUGGAACAGGUGUCCGGUGAAAACCCUGAUUAUAUGCAAGAGAUGAAACUAAGCGACAAGAAACAAGAACUUAAAAACGCUAUUGCAGAUUUGUCGGAAGUCAUACCAGAGGAUUCGGCUAUGGAACUGAUCCGGUCCGCUGCACUUCAUCGGUUCACGAAAUCCGUCUCUGAUCCGAAGAAUGGGGAUCCAUUAAACACGCAGGACUAUGCUCAACAGAUCCUUGACUUGGAGAGUGCUACCGAGAUCAUUAAGGACGGCAUUCAACGGAAAGUCGCCAAGAUGGCAGUCGCACAGAGGAAGUUCGCCCGUAACUUCAAUUUUGCAAGUCGUUAG